AUAGCGGUAGAGUGACGUAACGAAUCUUAGACCUACAUCACGUGACAUGGGUACCGCAGCUAACGCAGAUGUGUCAACUUGACAGUUUUCCAUUUUCUUUCACAGAGCCAUUACAGGACAUCCAGGGAGAAUGGAUGGAUUUUCCCUGAGCCUAACAGAGGUGGUAUGCCUUGGGACCAGUUUAGGCCUCACUGGCAUCUUCUACUAUGUACACAAACAAAACCGCAAAACUGUCACCAAACUUGAAAAUGCUCCACGCAUUAGUAUAGAUGGAAAACUCAAAGACCUUUUAAACGUUACUCCUGGAGCCUGUCUAAAUUAUGCUGUGGUUGAAGGUACCGUAAAAGCGGUGGGUGAGCCUCUAAAGAGUCAGUGUCACAAGGAAAUUUCUGGUGUGUUGCAAAAAUUUACAAUAAAGGAGCACAGGAUUGUUUGGAGCAGCUUUUCUCGGACGUGGAUGGAUUCAGAACGCAUCUUACACCAAAGAGUAAAUAUGGUGCCGUUUGCUCUGGUUGGAUCGGACCAGGCUGCAGUCAAAGUCCAGUCUCCUCUGCAAGCCAAUGGAGUGUUCACAGAGGUCAUCAAUGAGAAAUUUCACCAGGCCAGUUAUGGUUUCGGAGACCUUGUAGGGCUUUACAUUAUUGGAGAAAAGUCCAAAGGUCACCUGGAGAUUGAAGAAAUGCUAAAGGUGGGUACGACUCUUACUGGUGUCGGCGAGUUGACCCUAGAAACAGAUGGUACUCUGACUCUUCGACCCCCCUCUGAUAACUCACAGUAUUUCUUGAGCUUGGCAGACUUUGAAUCCCUGCGAGAUGAAAUUGAAACCGUGGCCGUUUGGUGGAAGGCGCUGGCCGUUGUUUCUGCUCUGGCAGGGGCAGCAGUCCUCUUCUGGGCCGGCUUUCGCUUCUACCGCACCCUACAGGUCCGCUGGGAGCAGGAGCGAAUAAAUGCGGAGUUUGCGCGGCUGCAGGCUGAAGCCGCCAGACAGCGUGCAAACAGAGGAAACGCAGAGGGUCCUCACGAUGAGGCUAACGGCAAUGAUAUACAGAAUGUGUGCGUGAUCUGUCUGGGUGAACCAAGGGACUGCAUCCUGUUAAAUUGUGCACACGUGUGCUGCUGCUUUGUUUGUUACCAGGCCCUCCCACAAAAAAAGUGCCCCAUCUGUCGACAGGACAUUGUCCGGGUUUUACCAUUCUACCAUGCGUAAAGCACCUGUGCGUCUAUUUAACCUCUGCACCGAGGAUAGAUCUUAGUUUAAUAAUACUUUGGAAACGGUUUUCCAGUUGGCCAGGUAAUAUAUAAAACACCUCAUGACAAUAAAAAGAGUUGUGUGUAUUUUUCAGCAAUAUAGAUGUUUAUUUUUGGUAAAUGUGCCUUAUAGGAAAAAUAAGGCUGUUGCUGUAUCUGAGUGAUAAUAUUGUACUGUGUACGUUUGCUCAUAAAGGUUUUGAUCUAAAUUAAAAAGGGAAAACAGGUUUUCCAAUGUAGUUUAAGUCACACACCUACAAACAGAAGGUUUUAAGUAUGAACAUCACUAGGUUAAAAGUGGAUAAAAUAGUGUGAUGAAAGAUUUAA